AUGAAGAAGUCCGAGAAGCGCGUCGAGGCAGCGAACAAGCUCGAUAUUCGAGACCUCUUCCAACAGUACUGUCCCGAGCCCGCGUGGAAGGCUUUUUCCGAGAAGGCCCAAGCAGCGGAUCUUGAAAUCGCGACUGCUGAUGCCGAAAGUCUUUCAGCGGAGCAGCUCAAUGCAUGUCUCGAUCUGGUCGAGCUGACUAGUGCGGAAGACUACCGGAACUCCGAGACGGGCUGGUCAAGGUCGAAAAAGCGACGGGAGAUGAAGUUGCCUGAGAUGAGAUAUAUACUCCUUUUUGGGCCACCUGGAGCAGUCCAGUCGUUACCGGCUUCCGAGUUGGCGGGCUUCGUGUCCUUCAUGAUCACAUAUGAGGAUGGGUAUGAGGUGGUCUACGUCUAUGAGAUCCACUUCGCGCCGGCGUCUCAAGGCAAAGGCUUUGGCAGGCUGCUGAUGGAGGUGAUCGCAGCAUUAGGUUCCAAUGUCGGCCUCGAGAAGGCCAUGCUGACUGUGUUCAAGUCGAAUGCUCGGGCGACGGACUGGUACCUCAAGCUUGAGUACUCUGUGGACGAGUUCUCGCCGCCUGCGAGACGACUGCGCGGAGGUGUGUUAAAGGAGCCGACCUAUACCAUCCUUUCGAAGCGCAUUAAAGCUGAAGGUGAUUGA